GUAGGAGUGGGUAGGAGUUUAUGUAUGUAGGUAUGUAGUCUGUUCUUUAAAAAACUGACUAGAGUUUUUUCUUUUAUACGUUUUAAACAUUCAUGUAAUUACAGUCUAGUUUUACCUGAAAAUUAUUAGUUUAUUUAUUCUUGUUUGGAACACAGUUACUUGUAGUUAAGAUUACUAGUCAUUUGAAAAUAUUGUGAUUAUGGUGAUAAUGGCAUAUCGUGUUUUAUUAGUUUUUAUUUUAGCAAUAAUAUGUGUAAGGACAGAAGAAGAAGCUGCUUCACGUAUGUCAAAAUCAGAACGGCAGAGUUUAAGGGAGGAGGCUCGCAAAAUGUUCUAUCAUGCCUAUGACGCAUACAUGGAGAAUGCAUACCCAGCUGACGAGCUGAUGCCGCUAAGCUGCAAAGGACGGUGGAAGGGCAUCACGCCCAGUCGCGGUGACAUGGACGAUGCCCUCGGAAAUUUUUCCCUAACCCUAGUGGACAGCUUGGAUACUUUGGCUGUUAUGGGAGAUUUCUCGGAAUUCAGCCGCGCCAUCAAGCUGGUUAUAAAAGACGUCACUUUCGAUCAUGAUAUUAUUGUCUCCGUAUUCGAGACAAACAUCAGAAUGCUCGGAGGUCUUCUAUCAGCCCACGUGCUGGCCACUAAGCUGAAGAGUGAGGUGCCCGCGCUGCAGUGGUACAAUGGGGAACUGCUGGCCAUGGCUGAGGACCUCGGCAAGAGACUGCUGCCGUCCUUCAAUACCUCCACUGGCAUACCUCAUGGAAGGAUAAACCUCCGACACGGCAUGCGAGGUAUGUCGGAGUCUCGAGAGACCUGCACCGCGUGUGCUGGCACCAUGAUCUUAGAGAUGGCAGCACUGUCCCGGCUCACUGGCAACCCGGUGUAUGAGCAGAAAGCGCAUAAGGCCAUGGACAGGUUGUGGAAGAUUAGGCAUAGGACAUCGGACCUCAUGGGUACAGUGAUAAACAUUCACUCAGGCGACUGGGUGCGCAAGGACGCGGGCGUCGGCGCCGGCAUCGACUCCUACUACGAAUACUGUCUCAAAGCCUACAUUCUGUUGGGAGACGAGAAAUACCUGGCCAGGUUCAACCGACACUACAACGCUGUCAUGAAGUAUAUAAGCAGAGGUCCUGUUAUGCUGGCUGUUCACAUGCACAGGCCUCACCUACAAUCUCGGAACUUCAUGGACGCGUUACUGGCGUUCUGGCCGGGCUUGCAAGUGCUGCUGGGAGACGUGAGACCAGCCGUGGAGACGCAUGAGAUGCUGUACCAAGUCAUGCAGCGACACACCUUCAUACCAGAGGCCUUUACUUCAGAUUUUCAGGUACAUUGGGGUCAACACCCUCUACGGCCAGAGUUCCUAGAAUCCACCUACUUCCUACACCGUGCUACCGAAGACGACCAUUACCUUCAAGUGGGAAAGACUGUCCUGAAAGCCCUUCAGCAAUAUACCAGAGUGCCUUGUGGGUAUGCUGCAGUUAAUGACGUGAGAACUCGAAUACACGAAGACAGAAUGGAUUCUUUUGUUCUGGCAGAAACUUUCAAGUACCUUUAUAUGUUGUUUGGCGAAGAUAAAGAUAUUCCAGUGAAGUUAGAAGACUAUGUGCUGACUACGGAAGCUCAUUUUUUGCCGCUCUCAUUGGCGACGGACGGCAAAAAUACGACGUAUUUUACGCUGAAAAUUGACGAUGAAGAUGAAGAUAAGUAUAGGAAAACCUGUCCAAACACAGCAUCUCUAGAAGCCGCUAAAGUCCGUCGUCCGAUGCGUCAGCUGCUCGGGGCGAGCGCUCGACCCGCGGCAAGACUGCGCCCGUUGAAUGACCCGAGACAGAUACAUACGCUGUCAGAUAUGGGCAUAUCUGUGCUGACUUUACCUGAUGGGAGGGUGCAGCUGCUGUAUACUACUUCUACGGCGAAAUCGGCAAAAGACGCGGCAGAAGGGCUCACUUUCAUGCGAGAAAUGUCCAAAUGGAACUCGUUAAGCGAUAUGGAGAACGGAGUAGUUCCCGCCGGCGUUAAGAUCGACGACAAAAUCUUCCCCGCGGGCCCCGGACACUUCGGCAAAGAGAUCUCACCGACCAACCAGUAUACCAACACCGUUGCCUUCGUUCUUCCUCUAGACGCUUGCUCCCGUAUUGAAAAUAAAAAGGAUGUUGAAGGCAAAUUCGGUAUAGCUAAACGAGGCCAAUGCACAUUUGCACAGAAAGUCCGAAACAUGCAAGCAGCCGGCGUCACUCUAGCCAUCAUUCUCGAUAAUGUACCAGACUCCACCCACGAAAGCACAGCCCUAUUCGCGAUGUCAGGUGACGGAAAUGAUGACAUCGAAAUCCCAGCUGUAUUCCUAUUUUCGCAAGAAGGACGGUUCCUAACUGACACUUUCCUAGCAAAACCAGAAUUGACAGUCACAGUCGGCGAAUUGAAGACGCUGAAAGCUACCUACGAGAACACGUGUGAGGACGGCAAUUGUGAAACUGUUAUACAGGCCCCCAACGUUCCUGAUGACAAGGAGACUUUCGACCAUCUUAAAAAUGUACUGAGUCAACUGGCUGCUCAGUUCGAACUGUCGCUUUCAAAUGAUGACCAGAAGACUUGCGGCGACGAAUCAGAAAAUGUUAUCAUAACGAAAGGUAAAUACACUGCCGAGGAAGGAAAGCUAGAAGGACCGCCCAACGUUUGUUCCGCGAAAAGUGAAAUCAAAAUAUCCAAAGAAGAAACUGUAGCGUCUGUCAAAGAAGUUACAAAAGAGACCAAGUCUGAUAAGAUCGUUAAAGAUGAUUUUUGACCAAUGCGAGUACGUAAAUUACAGUGAAUAUAGUGAGGACUUAAGUUGACGUUGACCCACUGAGCGCCGUUUUCUUUGCCAAAGAUUCAACACUGAUCUCAUUGACAUAAAGUAACUUGAUGGUGGCUUCUGUAUUUGUCCUUAUUCAAACCGGCUUAGUGUUGAAAUUUCGUUAGCAGUGAAAACUUCGCUCUGCUGCGUCCGCGUGUCAAGUGAUUGUAUUAAGUGAGCUGUGAAUGUAAGGCUUAGACAAUGUACUUGUGGUUAGAUGUCGUGUAGUGAAAUUGUCGGAAUACUUUUGUAAGGUUCGGUAUCCACAUUAUUUCGUAAUAUGUAAUACUUUUUUACCGUCCAUCCGGGAAAAGACUAGAAAAACAUUAACAGUCAAUGCCUUUUAAAUAUCUUUAAAACAAUAACAUUAGUUUGCGUAUACUAGACUGACCAACUGGAUUUGAUUAACCUGCAAUAAAUAGUCUUAAGACAAUACAUUUUUGUUACAACGAUAAGUAACCGGGUCGAGUUGAUUUUUCAAUGACUUUCCAGAUUAUACUAUCAUCCUAAUCAGCCUUACUGUAGGGCAUUCGUUAGAUAUUUAAAUUAAAGUUUAAUUAUAGUUAAAAUUCAGUUGAACUUCGCAUUAACAAUAGGUACAUGCCCAAUGUACUUAACAUAGUUAAUGAACAACUGAUAAUUAGUGUUGCAAAAUAUAUUUUUAUUAUUUAAUUAAAAUAUAACUUUACGUAUCUUUUAUUUAAAAUCUGUUAGUGUAAUAUGAACGUUAGACUCAUAAAGUACCUACAGGGAACAAAAUGAUACAUCGUUGCAUGCCGUGUCAUUAUUUUGAUUUCACAAUUUAAACAAACGGUCACACAUCCUUCUUACAGCCGCAGUGCGUGUAGCUAAACUUCAAUCAUUAUUACCCUUUUAUUACUGAGCUGUGAGACCCUCAUUUGAACAAGUACAUCAUCAAAAAAUUAACUUUUGCGCAGGUCAAGAGCAGUGCUAAGCAAUUUUAUGUCCAUAAUAUUUUCUAACAUUGUGUGUAAAUUAUUUUCUACUAAUGUUUGAUUUUGAAUACGUUAGUCGCUGCUCACCUGCACUAGACUGUUGUAAAUAUUCACGGACAUGAAAUUGUAUAUUCAUUAACACAUCAUAGUAAUGUAAUGUAAAUAAUAGAAACUGCACUGUAUAAAUAAAUGUGUACAUAUUGUUCGUAAGAUUAUCAAAUAAAUGAAGAAUUUUCGUGCCUUCUUAUCUGGCAAUAAUUUUGUCAGUUUCAAUAAUUUAAUGUUUUAUCUUUUUGUAAGAAAAACAACCUGCCUUUGUACUUUAUAUUUUAAAAGAGUAUUCGAUGAUUUAUAACAUCAAUCAAAUAAAAGACGGUGUAAUUAAAAAUUUCUUUAUUACAGUUUUUACUUAGUUUUUAAAUAGAGUGUAAAUAAAUUCAUGUUACUUUGA